CCAUACCUUGCCCGUGGCACUCUCUCUCACACACACACACACCCCACCCACCACUGUUGGUGCCCUCAGCUUCACCCUCUGCCGGAGUCAGUCCCCAGCAGGUCGUGGUGGUGACCAGGUUGUCUCUCCCAGCCUCUUCUAGCAUCAACAAACAUGCCGAGUCGUCAGAAGGAGCUGGAGCAGGAAGUGAUGGCAUGGGUGGAGGCUGUCCUGGGAGAAAAGCUCCCUCCUGGCAACUUUGAGGAUGUCUUUAAGGACGGUGUUGUGCUGUGUCACCUCAUCAACAAGAUCGCACCCAACUCCGUCAAGAAGAUCCAAACUUCUGGCGGAUCUUUCAAACUCAUGGAGAACAUCCAGAGGUUCCAGGAAGCCAUCAAGAAGUACGGAGUGCCCCACGAGGAGAUCUUCCAGACUGCUGACCUCUUUGAGAGACGUAACAUUCCUCAGGUGGUGCUCUGCCUCUACUCCCUCGGACGCAUAACGCAGAAACACCCGGAGUACACAGGACCACGUUUGGGACCCAAGAUGGCAGAGGAACAGAAGCGAGAGUGGGAUGAAGACCAGCAGAGGAUGCUGAGGGAUGGCCAGAUAGGCCUCCAGAUGGGACAGAACAAGGGCGCCACCCAGGCAGGCCUCGGCUCCAUGGGCAACACGCGCCAUAUGUAAAAGACUUCGACAGUAUCAGCAGCGUGCAGUAUACUCUUCUUCUAUUAUCAUUAACAUUCAGUAUCAUCUUUCUCCUCUGUUUACUACCAACAACAUUCAGCUACCGUCUUUUCAUCCUCUAUCAUCAGCAAUGUUCAGCGAACUCCUCUGCUCUAUUGCAAAGUCUGAAGUCCUCUUCUUGUUUGCCAUCAACAGCGUAGUCCUUCAUCUUCUUGUGAACAAUCUGCAAAGUCCAACGUCUAAGUUCUAUUCACGUUAGCUCUAAAGAAGACCUGUCCUUCAUCUCGUGCUCAUCUACUUUGCCCUUAUGGAGCGUCAAUGUUCCUGUGCAGUAGAGAUUAGGCUUCCAGUGAUGAAUCAUUUUUACAGGGUACUGCUGCUCUUCCUGGCUGCUGCUGAUCUUGCAGCAGCAGCCGCUCAUUCUCCGCUGUCACAUAGCUUGCAAUAGGAACCCGAGACUUCCAGGUACUUCUGCUAUUACGUAUAAAACAAACUUUCAGCAAUGGAGACGAGAGCGAAGCUCGAACUCACAACUAACCCGCAAAUUGGACAUGAGAACGAGACGAUGUACCGGUCCGUCGACGACUAUUUCUGUGACGCCAGUGAGGUGUUGUAAAUUCUUACAGCUACUCUACUGUGACUUAUAUUCUUCACCGAUCCUUCAACAUGGAAAACACUCUUUUCCAGCAGCUUGCUGGGUAAACAUUUUCCUGAGAGCUGCAGCCGGUCUCUUUAUUGUCUCGUGAAGCAGCACUUCAGCUACAUUUUCUUAAGACAGUUCAGCUGGCGAGGAAGGAAGGCAGCGACCAUUAAAUGUAAAUAUAUAUAUAUAUAUAGUUUGCUCGGGAAAAAAAUUAAGCAAUGUUAUUUUUUUACUUUCCUUUCGUGUUAGCAUUUUAAGUUCGAUGUUGAUGUUUGGGAGUUUGUGGUUUAUUAUGAAGCUCGAUUGACGCUGAGGUCCGGAACUUAAAUGGAAGUUAGCGCUCUCUUUCUUUCUCUCUAAGAUCUGACAACUCCUGACCUCUGCGUUGACUCUCAGCAUGACAGCCUCCCUCAUUACAUAUUAAUGUUUACCUAUUCUAGAACCUGACAGUCAGCCAUGCCGCUGUCAUCCACCCGAGACAACGAUAGUCGCCGCUAUCAUCCACCUGAGUGAAUGAUACACCCCAAUGACGCUGUCAUCCAUCGGCGAGAAUGAUAGACGCCACUAUCAUUCACCCGAAAGAACGAUAGACGCCGCUAAUCAUCCGCCCGAGAGAACGAUAGAUGCCGCUAUCAUCCAUCUCAAAGAAUGAUAGACAUCAUCUCAGAUUUUGGCUUAAGCUGUGAAUUAUACUAAUUUAGCAACUAUAUGUCAGGGCAAAUAAGCAGCGGCCUUACUAACAGCAUUUGUUGUUUAAGCAACCAUACCCAGAGCCUAGAGGACCCAGAGCCUAGUGGACCCAGAGCCUAGUGGACCCAGAGCCUAGUGGACCCAGAGCCUAGUGGACCCAGAGCCUAGUGGACCCAGAGCCUAGCGGACCCACAACCUAUUAGACCCAGAGCCUAGAGGACCCAGAGCCUAGUGGACCCAGAGUCUAGUAGACCCAGAGCCUAGUGGACCCAGAGCCUAGUGGACCCAGAGCCUAGUGGACCCAGAGCCUAGUGAACCCAGAGCCUAGCGGACCCACAACCUAGUGGACCCAGAGCCUAGCGGGCCCACAGCCUAGCGGGCCCACAGCCUAGCGGGCUCGGAGCUUCGCAGGCCCUAAACCCAGGUUUGAGAUAUUUUCCUGCCCAUGGCAGUUCUUGGUCUCACGGGGGCCCGUAGCUCAGUUCUAGGAGCCUACAGCUUAGCUUAGAUAAACCUCGGGGGCCCACAGCAAUUCUGAGACACCUCAGGGGCCCACAACCUAGUAUUGGGACACCUCGGGAGGGCCCACAACCCAACUAUGGGACGACACUUGCUAAAUCAUUAACCUUCAGUAUUAUCAUUUGCUUGUAUUUUAUUACUCAAUAAAUCAUAAUCACUCA